AUGCCUCUCACCGCAUCCGACCUCUGCAAGAUCGUACUUGCUUUCUUCCUCCCGCCUGUCGGUGUCUUCCUCGAGCGCGGCUGCAAUGCUGAUUUCUUCAUCAACAUCCUGCUGACCAUCCUGGGUUACAUUCCCGGAAUCAUCCACGCGCUGUACAUCAUUUUCAAAUUUUAG